UCAUGGCAGCUCAAACAUCCUUGAAUGAAAAGGACAAAACUCGUAUAUGCUUACUGACUGAUACUUGUUCUCAUCAGCAGCUGUCAAGAGGAUCAGCACAAGGACUGCCGCAUUGCGAAUGAUGACAGCAGUGCCGCCGAUGCCCAGUGCCAGCAAGUGCAUCCUGAUGACGCCCGGCUCGGUUAUGCUCUUAAUGAGGGGCAAGUUGGCAGAGCGCACGAGGCAGAUGUAGAGCGCACCCUCGAAGAAGACUUCGAUCAGCACCAUGAGUCCCAGACCUACUAGCCUCUCUAGCAGGUGACGGACGGAUGGAAAGAGGAUCUGGCCGACAGUGAUGUUGAACAGGUUGGUGAAGAUGAGCACUGUCAACUCGGUCAAGCUGUAGGCAUGCAUUUGCUGCAGCAGUGGAGGCAAACAAAAAGGGGGGUAGAAUGAAUGGAUUUUCUUGUCUGUCGCUUUCUUUCCUUACAUCGCUGAGACGCCGAAGGAAUAUCGGGUGAUAACCAAAUUGAACAACCCGAGUGGGGACGUCCAGAAACGUGCUCAAAGACCUCAUGUUCGUAGAAAGGCGGCUGAGUAGCAUGACCGGCGUCUGCUUAUCGCGCGUUUCCUGAGUAUCUUCAGCAAUGACGGUAUCGAAGUGCCGAUCUCGUACCGGCCUGCAUAGGAAUCGCACCAGACUUCUUCUUGCGGCCCCACCUAUGAGAACGAAAUACGGCAUGGCUAGGUCGGUAACGAAGUCGAAUGAUGCAAAGAUCAAGCUCGACAGAAGCUGAUAAGGAGAGACAUGUCCAGGAAGGACGAGGAAUGGAUCUGACGCGAGGACAACGUCGAUAGCGUCGAUGUGCUUACCUACCUGAGAGGAGAUAUAUUCCAUCUUGGCUUGGACGACCCUUGGGAAGAGUGCGAAGCCGAACGCUACAAACGUGAUUGCUGGAGACGUUUGCAGGGCAGGGCCGUCCUUCAGAGAACGAACGAUGCCUGUGACUGAGACACAGACCGAAUACGCAUGGAAACAUGCGAAGGUGUCCAUCGACCGAGUCGCAUUUCUUACGGGUCGCAACAAGGGGCGACACCACGAGCAGCCAAGCGAAGAGGACGCGUGUCCUCUCGCGAUCUGUUGUUGCAGUCCGGGCAAGUGGCACGAAGUAGAGGGGACCGGCAAACGAAAAACAGAUGACCACUAACAUCAUGACCCAUGUCUUGAGAAUAUACGCCCGCUUCCUCAGGAUUAUUGUCGAGCUCAGAGCCACUUGGCGAAAGACCCUGACAGGACAGGCACAACGACAGAGAAUAUGUGCGUACUAUCACAAUUCUUCUCUCACAUGAGGAGCAUGAACACGCCAAUGGGGUAAUACAU